CUCUCUCUCUCCCUCCGCUGCUCGUCUCCCUCUCCGCCCUGGAUCUGCUCUCCCUCUCUCCCCCUCGCUCUCCUUUUCAUCUUUUUCUGUUUUCCAUCCUCCUUAAUCUCAGUGGAGGAAAUUAAAGAGGUAAGGAGAAAGCAUUGAAGAGAUCGGGUGUUGUUGGUAGCGGCUGGGAGGAAGAGAUCGAUAGAGAUAGGAAUUAUGGGGGGAGAGAUCAAAGGGGUUCAGGUGGUAGGAGUGGCAGGAGGAGCGGAUCAUGGGGAUGUGGGAGGGGACGGGAUGAUGCAGUACUGCAGCGAGCACCCGUACAGGAGCAGCCCGGCGGGAGGGAUAUGCGCCUUCUGCCUGCAGGAGAAGCUGGGCAAGCUCGUCACCUCCUCCAAGUCCACCCCUUUCUUCCCCCUCGUCCACCCCCCUCCUCCUGCUCCUGCUCCUGCUCCUCCGCCGCUCCCUCCUCCUCCCCGUCCCAACGACAGCGUCAAUAACAACUGCUCUUCCUCGUCCAAUUCCUCCCCUCCCUCCUUCCGCUCCCUCGACGCCGCCGCAUCCUCCUCCUUCAGCCGGAUCGGAAAGAUCCCCAGCUUCCUCAGCGGCGGCGGCAGCAGCAGCAGCAGCAGCAGCCACCACCACAAGAACAAGAAGAAGAAGAAAAAGAGCGGCAGCAUCAAUCUUAUUAGCGGCGGCGGCGGCGGCAGCAGCAGCAGCACCAGAAAGGUCAUGUCGUCUUCGGGUAUCGCUGCCUCCUAUCCCUCCUCCGCCUCAAACACUGGCGGCCUCGCCGGUCUGAACAUGAGCAAAUCGGUGAAGCCGAGGCCAGUCGGAGCCCUCGCCGGCGGCGACGAUCCUCCCAUUCCCGUCGCCGCCGAUAGCCCCCGCAAGAAGAGCUUCUGGUCCUUCCUCUACUUCGCUUCGCCAUCCUCCUCCGCCUCCGCUUCCGCGGCCGGAGCCGCUGCCACGCACCCUUCCUGCUCGGCGGCUUACAGCAGCAGCAGCAGCAUUACGAACGGCGCCAACCCAUCCGUCAACCGCAGGAGGUCCGUCUCCUCGACCUCCUGCUACGCCGCGCAGGCGCAGCAGAGCGUGGCUGCGGCGUUUGAGGCAGAAGUAGGUAAGAGCGAGCAGGGAGGAGGAGGAGGAGGAGGGGGAGCAGGGGGGGAGGCGGAGAGCCCGGGGGAGAGCCUGCAGGCGUCGUCGUCGUUCGGGAGGAAGGUGGCGAGGUCCAGAUCGGUGGGCUGCGGAAGCCGGAGCUUCUCCGGCGACUUCCUGGAGCGCAUCUCCACGGGCUUGGGCGACUGCACCCUCCGGCGCGUGGAGUCCCACCGAGAAGCCAAGCCCGGCAAGGCGGUGCUGCACUUGGACCGCGACCAUCAUCAUCGUCGUCAUCAUGGAGACGGCGACGAAGAUGAUGAGCAGCAGCGGAGGAUCAAAUGCGCCGGCUUCUUUGGGGGUCUCGGCGUCAUGUCGUCUUCGGCGUCUUCCUACUGGCUCUCCGCCGCGGACUUCGACGGCGGCAGCGGCUCUUCCAGUCGGAGGGGCGGAGGAGGACGGCAUCGGAGCUGGGGUUGGGCCUUCGCCAGCCCCAUGAGAGCAUUCAGGCCUGCUGCUGCUGCUUCUGCCCCCUCUUCUACCAAGACCAUCACCGCCGCCCCCGCCGCUCACCUCAACAGCCUCGAUUCCGGCAACAAUAGCAACAUUACUGCAUUCUCGACGGCUGCAGCAGCUCUGCCUAAUUAAUUAUUAGGUUUGCCUUCGAAAAUUCGCUAGUUUUACCAGUAAAGAAUCUCUCUUCCUUGGUGUUUUUUUUUUUUUUUUUUUUUUUUUCUUCUUCUCUUCACCCUUUUUGGGGGGCGUGGGGGGAGGAGGGGGGAGCCUAAUUUUUUUCUUGGGGUCUUUUGAGUUGUUACCCUAUUGUUUACUACUCAGCUAGCUCCACAGCGAUCUUACUUGCUAAUUAAUUUGUUUAAUUUGUAUGAUUUUUGAUCUUGUGUUGUAUGUAAUACUCGGUGUCAAUCGGAAGAUACUCGUAGUUUUCUGCUGCCGUUCUGAUGUUAAUUAAUUAAUUAAGCGUUGCGAGAACUUUCUGUACGUUCUCUUAAGUUAAUUAGUGGUCGGUUUAGUAAGUUCGUUUUGUUUAUUAGAGAACAAAUGCCAUCAAGUUCUUUUCCUUUUAUUCUUGUUUAUUUGGGGGUUAUAAUCCAUGGCUGACCUAUCAAUAUCAUCGGAAGGCUGGCAUGACGCUUUCAAUUUGGGGCUGAAAGAGGUUGCUGUAGUUAAAUAGACGAAAGCGACGUAUGUAUAUGCCCAAAUCAAUGCUUCAUCAGUCUCGGCUCAUCUAUGAGCAGUAAAGGUGAUGGAGACCUUACUCGUCGAAAGGGAAGGGAGACGACAGAGGAGAGUUGGCAUGGGAGGAAGGAGGACAAGGAGCGGGCGUUCCCCUUUGCCCCCAUCAUUACUCUUUUCGCGGAUCUUGUCUCACUCUCCAGCGGGCGGAGUAGCCAACGGUGUGAUUCUUUCUCUAUUUAAAUAUUUUUGGGCUUGUAUUUCCUUUUUUUUUUUCCUUUUUUUUUUUGGUUGGUUUGAAGGCUGCUCCUCCCUAUCCAAAGGAAAGCUUGUUCUCUU